CAGUGCACUGUCGGCUUUCCGAUGGAGUGAACCCCUCUGUGCUGUCAACAAAUCUCGAACGUUUCCUUGUGUUACUUUCCGUUAAAAAAUUCCUCUGCAGCCAGGUGCCCUACUUCCCAAAGUAGGGAAGCGCAAAAAGUGUUCAGUUAGCCCCCCAAAAACAUUUGAAACGAUGCCUUCGGCGGCGAACGUGAAAGUUGAUAAGCAAGUGUCCCCCGAAAACGCUCUGCCGGAGUCCUCGGGCACGUCGACGCCCCUGCGCCAGGUCAUAACCCUCGUAGAGCACAAAAUUAGGAACCUCGAAAAGCGAAAAUCGAAAUUGGAGUCGUACAGGGACCUGCAGAACGCGGGAAAGGAGCUCAACGCCGACCAGAAGACUGCCGUAGCGAAGUACAAUGAGGUGACGCAGACGCUGGAGUUCGCCCGAGACAUAUAUAAACAGUUCCUUGGGAUUGCUGUGGUAUCGGAGAAGGAGGCCAAGAAGCAGGCGAAGAAGGAGGCCGCGGCGAAGAACCAAGCGGAGCUGGCGAGGCUAAGGGAGAUCCUGCUGGUGCAGGACGCCCUUAACCAAAUGGGGAACGAGGCGGUGAGGGACGACUUCCUGCACGGGAGAAACGGGGCGGCGCAGUUGACUGAAACGGAUCUCAAACUACUCGACGACUUAUACCCAGCUGUGACCCCGAAACAUGAAGCCGGCAACCCUACGGCGUUCACGAACGAAGUGCAGGCGGCCGCCGAACACCUCCUGGCCGUCGUCGACGGUAAGCCGAAAGAAGUCUUCGGCGGCACGUACAGCCAGGUGAAGGAAAUUCUCGGAAAAAUCCACGAGAGUGGCUAUUUCGAUCAGGUGCAAGUGAUGGAAAGCUUCACCGAAGGCGAGCAACCUGAAGUCCCUCCGGCGGAGGCGGCCGUCAGCCACGAGCCGAUCGCACCGCAGGAGCCGCCCCAGCAGUUGCCCCCCAUGGAGAUGCUGUCGAUCGACGCGCUGCCUCCUCCGAUGAUGCCGCAGCCGCCCACGGAGCAGCCCCCCCUCGAGCAGCCGCUGAACCCUGAGCAGCAGCUGUUCUACCAACAGCAACAACAGCAGCAGCCCCCCAGGCCGAUAACGGAGAUGUUGGGGACGGGGAGUUUCUUCUUCUUGCAGGAGUCGGAGAUCGACACUCCGCCCGAACAGAUUCCGAGCCAGACGUUCACGAACCAGAGCUUCGUCAGCGCGCCGCCGCCCCCGAUCCCGCUGCCGCCCCUCUUCCAGAACAUCCCGACGAAUCUGCCACCGCAACCGCCCAUCCCGCCGGUGUCGGGCAACAACGGGAUCGAGGAGCACAAGGAGGAGCACAAGGGGCAGGGCAGCGCGGGGGGGAACCGCCCCCCGCGGCCCAACAACCAAUCGUAUUACCAGAACAAUAACGGAUACAGUAACAGGCCUAGACAAAGCAGGAACGGACCUAGACCCGGGAAUAGGCAUAACUAAGCGAUUUCACCGACGAGCCGAUAUUAGUCCUUUUUUUAAUUUAAUUUAAUUAUGAUUAAAACAAAUUUAUUGUAAGUCACUAAAGUCAAUUGUAACGGUUUUUUUCGAGGGGUGUGAACUCAAAGUGUGGAGUGAUUGGUUGCGUUUUCGACGGAAGGUUGUGUAUAUAUGGGACGCGCUUUGGGUUGGCUCCGACCAAUGGAUAUCUAUGCUUUAACAUUUAGAGUGUUAUUGAAAAUGGUUAAACAGCACAAUGCGUUGUGGUAAUUAAACCUUUUUAUCAUAGAAUGGCAUUUUCAGUUUUUACUUCUUUUUCUAUUGUACCUUUUCAGUAUCGUUACCUAGAAACUAGGACCUUCGGAAAUUUUUAGUAUUGGCUUUCAUUAUGAAAUUAAUUCUAAUUGAUUAUAAUUAAUUGGAUUAAUAAAAAGCUGGUAUACAA